AUUACUCAACGACCCCAAAUCACGCCGGACGUUGCGUCCGCUCUCUACGCACGUCUUUCCGUUAAAGUUUCCCUUUUUCUUUCGAAAACUUUUCAAAAUCGAAACGGUUCGGUAGUUCUUGCGCCUUUCCAAAGGGCCGACGACCCUUCAUGUCGAAAUAACAUCGAUCCGAGGUGAAAUCGACGCGGACCAAAAAAUUUUUUUAGUGUUCAGCGAUGUCGGUAGCGCCAUCUCGAUCCGGCAGUCGGAUGCAGCACUACGAUAACGAAGAAGAAACCGCCGCUUUAGAAACGAGCGAUCGUAACGGCGAAUCGACGAAAGAUGGCGUCGUCGAUAUCCGGGACGAAGACGACAAACUGUCCAACAACGGAGACGCCAGUCCGCAUCGAAACGCCGCGUCGAACGGUAUAAGGAAAUUAGAAAAAGAUCCUGAUACCGACGAGGAAGAUAACGAAGUCGGUAAUACGAACGGUGGAUAUUGGCCUCCUUCUAUGGCCGACAAUGCCAGCGAAGCGUCUUCGAUGGUUCCCUUGCCGAAUAGACCGAAGAGUCGCGCCGAAAUGACGAUGACCGCCAGCAGAUACAACAAUUUGUCCUAUUGGAGGGCCAGAAGGGUGAUUUUUUAUAAAAACGGCGAUCCCUUCUUUCCCGGCAUAGAAUUUAGAUUCAAACCCGGUAGGGAUAUAGUGAGCUUGGAAUCCUUGUUGGAUAAAUUGUCCUUGAGGAUGGAUCUUCCACGUGGAGCUAGGUAUAUUUUUUCCAUGGACGGGGAUAGGAAAUUUAGGUUGGACGAAUUGGAAGAUGGCGCUUCGUACGUUGUUUCGUCUUAUAAGGCUUUCAAGGCCGCCAGUUACGGGAAGAAAAACGGGAUUUGGUACGCCGCUCCCGGGGGACAGGGAUGGAGUAAGGCGCCGAGUAGGAAAGCCUCGAUUGUCGAAGGGGCGGAUUCGCAGCCGCCCGGCGGCGGUCCCGUCAAACCGAGCACUGGAAGAGUCAUUAGAAUUAUCAAUAAUACGGAUCAUACGGUACAGUGUCGCGUUCUGCUCAAUCUACGUACUUCCCAACCGUUCGAAGAAGUUUUAGAAGAUUUGGGUCAGGUGUUGAAAAUGAACGGCGCCAAACGCAUGUAUACGGUGUCCGGUCAAGAAGUUCGAAGUUUUUCUCAACUUCGAAACGAAUUCGCCGACGUCGAUACGUUCUAUUUGGGUAGCGGUAGCGUCGGCGGCGCUUCGACGCCGGCCCUUAUGUUGUCUCCGGUACGUAGGGCGAGAUCGAGAGCCCCGCAAACGGCUAUAGUCGAGGAUAUAAGUAAACAGAGAAGGGCGAGGAGCAAGAGCAGACCGAGGACGUUGUACGCGCCCGAGAGCGAGAUCAUUCGAACCAACGAUUAUACGCUGUUGGAGGUGUUGAAGGAGGAACCGAUCCGGUUGACCAUCAAAGGACUCAGGAGAACUUUUUAUCCGCCACUCCAUCACGCUCCCAUAGAUAAUACACCGCCCGAUAAGAAGAUGGUGCUCGAUUGGGUUUACGGCUACAGGGGAAUCGAUUCGAAAAGAAAUUUAUGGGUGCUACCUACAGGUGAGUUACUAUAUUUCGUAGCGGCCGUCGCGGUUAUGUACGACAGAGACGAAGAAACCCAAAGACAUUACAUCGGCCAUACUGAAGACAUACAAUGUAUGGAUCUGCAUCCUUCGAGGGAAAUGGUGGCUUCCGGUCAAAGGGGCGGUAGGAACCGGAAAACUCAAGCUCAUAUCAGAAUAUGGAGUACGGAGAGCCUCCAAACUUUAUACGUUUUCGGUAUGGGGGAGUUCGAAAUCGGGGUGGCUGCGGUCGCUUUUUCGAAUUUGAACGGGGGUAGUUACGUUUUGGCGGUGGACGGCGGUAGGGAGAGUAUUUUAUCGGUGUGGCAGUGGCAGUGGGGCCACCUUUUAGGAAAAGUUGCCACUCUCCAAGAGGAAAUCGCCGGGGCGGUUUUUCAUCCCCUCGACGAUAAUCUGAUGAUAACGCACGGAAAGGGUCAUUUAACUUUUUGGAAUCGAAGAAAAGACGGUUUUUUCGAAAGAACCGACAUCAUCAAACCGCCGUCGAGGACUCUCGUUACGUCGUUGCAAUUCGAGCAAGACGGUGACGUCAUCACGGCCGAUAGCGACGGUUUCAUCACUAUUUACAGCGUCGACGCCGACGGCGCUUAUUUCGUUCGUAUGGAAUACGAGGCGCACAAUAAGGGCGUUAGUUCUUUAAUUAUGUUAUCGGAAGGUACUUUGUUAUCGGGUGGGGAGAAGGAUAGGAGGAUAGCGGCGUGGGAUAGUUUACAAAAUUAUAAAAAAAUCACCGAAACCAAGCUACCGGAAGUGUUCGGCGGCGUAAGAUCGAUAUACCCACAAAGACCCGGUAGAAACGACGGAAAUAUAUACGUGGGUACUACGAAAAAUAACAUUCUCGAAGGAUCUCUACAACGACGAUUCAAUCAAGUGGUGUUCGGACACGGAAGACAAUUAUGGGGCUUGGCCGUACAUCCCGACGACGAAAUCUUCGCGACGGCUGGUCACGAUAAAAACAUCGCCCUGUGGAGGAAAAACAAACUAAUUUGGGUGACGCAAGUUUCCUUCGAAUGCAUUUCGUUGUGUUUUCAUCCUUUCGGCGUCGCUCUGGCCGUCGGAAGCACCGAAGGUCACCUGAUGAUAAUGAAUUCCGAAACGGGGGUGGUCGUCAAUACCGUCAGAGUAUGCGGAUCGCCCUUGAAUUGCGUCGGGUAUAAUCCGACGGGGGAUUUGAUCGCCAUAGCGUCACAAAAUGGGAGCAUAUAUUUGUUCAGAGUCAGUCGCGACGGUUAUUCGUAUAAAAAAUCGAAUAAGAUAAGGGGGGCGCAACCCCUAAUGCAAUUGGAUUGGAGCUCCGAUAGUAAUUUCAUUCAAACUGUCACUGCCGAUUACGAUUUGUCAUUUUGGGACGUCAAAACUUUAACACCCGAAAAAAGUCCGAUAGCAGUAAAAGACGUCAAAUGGUAUACUCACAAUACCACCGUCGGUUUUUUGAUAUCAGGUAUCUGGAACAAUAGGUUCUACCCUAUGACGUCAAUUAUAAGUACCUCGAGUCGUUCCGCCGCCCACGAUCUACUAAUAACCGGCGAUACCGACGGUUAUUUAAGGUUAUUUAGAUAUCCAUGUUUGAGUUCGAAGGCCGAAUACAACGAAGAGAAAGUUUACAGCGGUACCGUGGCGUGCGCCAGGUUCCUAUUCAACGACAGGAACGUCGUCACCGUCGGCGGUACCGACGCUUCGUUGAUGUUGUGGCAAUUGGUGGAGGAAUAGCACCGAGCCAACGUUUAUCCGGGAAUAUCGAGAGACGGUUUUCGAUACGAAUCUGAUUCGGAAUGUGCGUCCGAUUCGGAUAUUUCCACUUUUGAAAUUUAUCGCGGUACCCCGGUAGUGAAGAACCAUUUUUAUUUCGAUUAUUCAUAGGAAAUUUCGCACUUUGAUCGUAUUUUUUUGUAACGAAGUUAACGGAAAGAAACGCGAAAAUUGUAGGACCAAUUUAAAUAAUUUUAUUGUUGACGUGACAAUUGUCAUCCGAAUGACGUUUCUUGUUCGUAUAGAAUUCGAAAAAAGUUGGUAAUUUUUGGUGGAAUAUUUCGGACAAAAUCAUCAGAAAGGUGAAACUCGUUACAGGAAUCUCCUUUAGAUGAAACCAAGUAGUUAUAGACUCGGUUAUUCAACAACAGAUGGCGACAUGUUAUGAAAUUUAAUAAAAUUCGAAAAUCUACUUGAAGUUGAAAAUGACAGCUGUCACGUCCGUCAAUUGAAUUUCCUGUUACCUCAACGAACACGCUUGAAAUUUUUGAAAUAAUUUUUGAUCGCCCCGUUUAUAUAUAUUUAUAGAUAUACCUCUAUAUGAUAAAUUUAGGGCUUUUUCGAACGAAUUCAUUCCACCAAGAAUACAUUCUCGUAUAUAUUCACGAAAAUUUAAUAUUGAUGAAAAAAUAGUUUCUACACGGAUUGUAUACCGAAACGGGCGUAGUAUCCUGUCAAUGUGACAGGAUAAUAAACCAAGUAUCCGCCACGAUAAUCGAAUGGGAGGAGCCCGAUUAGAUAAACCGCAAGAGGAAGAAGAAGAGCUGACGUAAUUAGUCGAUAUGAUUUGAACACGUUAAAUUGAUAGGUUAGAUUUUGUUAAAGAAAAUAUAAUGGAAUUCUGGAAAGAAUAAUCAUUUUAUAAUAAGGAAAAUCGAAUAAAAAAAUUCAAACAAAAA